AUUUUAAGAGCUAUUACUUAUACAUAAAACAAUAUCUAUAUAUCUAUAUAUUUUAUUUUGUAUUUAUUCAUCAAUGCGGAAACGGAAGUGCAGUGCGGCGACUGCAUUUCCACGUCAGGAAAGACAACAUGGAAGGAGGAAUAUUGGAACCCUCUCUGUACACGGUGAAAGCCAUCACAAUCCUUGACAAUGAUGGCAACAGAUUGGUGGCAAAGUAUUUUGAUGACACCUUUCCAACAGCCAAAGAACAGAAACAGUUUGAAAAAAAUCUGUUCAACAAAACACAUCGAGCCAAUGCGGAAAUUAUAAUGUUCGAGGGUCUCACAUGUGUCUAUAAAUCAAAUGUUGAUUUAUUUUUCUAUGUCGUUGGGUCUACACAAGAAAAUGAAUUAAUACUAGCAAGUGUUCUGAACGCCCUGUAUGAUGCUGUGAGCCAGAUCCUACGGAAGAAUGUAGAGAAGCGAGCCUUGUUGGAGAACCUAGAUGCAGUGUAUUUGGCUGUGGAUGAAAUCUGUGACGGAGGAAUUGUUUUGGAAGCUGAUUCUAACGCCAUUGUACAGAAAGUCGCAAUCAGGACAGACGACAUUCCCCUGGGAGAACAGACCGUGGCUCAGCAACUAACGAGAAAGCUUGAGGUCCUCCAAUCUGCCAAGGAACAGAUCAAGUGGUCAUUGUUAAAGUGAUGGGGAGGACGACGAGGGGAUCACAUCACAUCAAUCGUUCCAGGACCCCGUGUCUUGUGUCAUCAGUCACCCAUGUCAUCCUUCGCAUGACCACAUUACAUCUUGCCAAGUGAUGUUAGAAUUCAUGAUGCUCCAUUGGUGCCAUGUGUGCCAUUACUUUUCUGACUUCCUUUUGCGGAAUUUAGGUUGCCGUCUGUCUGGAAGAACACACUCAUUUGAGGGUUAAUUCAGUAUAUAUGUCUGCCAAUAUUGCUAUUAUAAAAUGUGUAUUUUUUCUUAACCAAAAACGUUAGGGAUCAUGAAUAUUUUUGGAGAUAAUUAUAUGAAAUUGUGUGAAGUGUUCACCAUGAAAAAAUAUCCUCCAAUAUAUUCAUUACUAUUUUUGUUCACUACAUGUUAAGCGUAAAGGUUUUUGAAUUUUACAUUCAGCAGUAUGAUAUAUCCUAUCGAAUUUAUAAAGUUCUCCAGGUUCAGAAGGAUGAUUGUAGUGUGUUUAAUGUAAAGUCUGAGGUUAAGAUUUGGUAAAGGUUUUUGUUGGCCUACGUGUCGUUGUACAAAACAACCUUAGCGCUAUGACUGUCGUUAAGGUACGGGCGUUACAAUUACCUUAGCGUUAAGAUCGCUUUGUACAAGGCACCCUGACCUUGUGCUGACAGCCAUAUGUCCACAUCUGUAUAUAAUGCCAACUAGGAGCUACUGACACACAACAGCUAUUCCUAACAUCCUCCUCCUAUUACUGUGGUCUUGGAAGAGGUGUCAUCAAUGCUGACUCACUGAUGUUAGAACUACACUUUUGUCUGAAAAUCAGCAUUGUUAUCCUGACUCAAGGAUCCAAGGCUAAGGAUAGAGUUUGGGGUAACCAACCCUAACCCUAACACAACUAACCCAAAAGAAUGAAGAGGAACGCAAGAUCUGUGAAGCAAUAGCAAUAAAUUUUCUUGAAGUAUCUGGUAUUGGGAUAAGAUUCUAUUGGGUGGUGAACAGAUUCUAUUAUCACACCUAACUGUUUUAGUUAUGUGAACACAAAUUUAUCAUUUGAGUAUAGAAAAAUACUUGGGGUUAAUUGUCUGUUUGUAUCAUUUGUUAUUAAACAUGUUAAAUGCUCAGAUAUAUCAGCUACCUUGACCCCAAAAAGGUAAGUUCAAAGUAUUGUUUUGGGCUUAAAGAAUUACAAAAGAAUCAGAUUUUGUACAAAACAAGGAGAUACUUAUUUAGGAUAUCCUAAAGGUUGUUGUUUCAUAAGAUAUUUGUUAGUUUGGUCAUAUAGAAGCUCCUUAUCAUUACACAAUAGGUUCUCUUUAAGGGGCUGUAAUAAUAUUUUGUCUUCACAAACAUGUAGUGUUGCAUCUUUGUGAAAGUGGGAUCAUUUAUGUAAAAUAAAAGUCAUUGAAUAGAA